AUGGGGGACGUCUCAAAUGCAUCACUGAAAGAAAUUAUAUUACAGACUGGUUUCUCAAAUGUGUCCUCAGUUUUAAUUUUGCAAGGCUUCAAUCUGCCUUCUGCCAGUGUUAUUCCUGCCUUUCUAUUUGCCAGUCUGAAUUACAUGCUCAUUCUCUUCUGCAACCUUGUACUCCUCCUCACCAUUCUCUUAAACAAGAGCCUCCAUCAGCCAAUGUACUUGUUGCUGCUGAACUUACCCAUCAAUGAUAUUAUAGGCUCUACUGCUCUUUUUCCACAGGUUAUAAAUGAACUGCUGUUUGACUCUAGGCGUAUAUCAUACGUUGCCUGUAUUAUCCAGGCUUUUCUUAUUCAUAUCUAUGGAGCAGGCUCUGUGUUCAUAUUGACUGCCAUGGCUUAUGACCGAUAUGUUGCUAUAUGCUGUCCAUUACGAUAUGGAACAAUUAUGAGUAAUGCUCAUGUUAUAAGAAUAAUUACGUUGGUGUGGCUUUGUAACUUGCUUUUGAUUGGUUGUCUGUUUUUCCUUCUUUUACGAUUGCCACGCUGUGGCUCCCAAAUGUCACAUUCUUACUGUGACAAUCCCUCACUUCUUAGGCUUGUCUGUGCUGACACAACUAUCAACAACAUUUAUGGGCUGGCAUUGGUAGCAAUAACACAAGUGGUAGCUCUUGCCAUCAUUUUCAUCACGUACAUUCAGAUCCUUGUUGCUUGUUUCAGAAGUAAAAGGGCAGAUACAAAAACCAAAGCUCUACAGACUUGUGCAACACAUUUAAUUGUGUUUCUGCUUUUGGAAUGCUUGGGUCUUUUUACAAUUAUUUCUUACAGGAUACCAAAUCUUUCCCCUCAAACAAGACGAUUCAUUGGUGUUUUAACUAUGGUAUUUCCUCCCACUUUAAACCCAAUUAUUUAUGGCCUAAAGACUAAAGAAAUCAAAGAUAAGUUAAAAAGAAGGGAAAAAUUAAAAUGUUGCAUCACUGCAGCAAAGAGGUGA